UUCAAUACAAUUUCGCUAAAUAAGAACACCCAGUCGCCAUUUUGUUACAUCUAUAACAAGUUCUUAUGGCUAGGGUAGAGUAUGCGAGGGUCUGAGUAAUCGAAAACGGAGGAUUAAAUGAGAUUACCCAGAGAAAGGUGAAGAAAAAAAGGACUAUUCGGAUGAGAAAAUUGUUCUAGAUUAAAGGAAACACAAUUAUUUCUUAAAAAUGACCAGAAUUCGGAAAGAGAUUUUAUUUGGAUGGUGUCUCGUUCUGGCUAUUAAAAUACACCAAGUGUCCUCGACAACAUGUGCCAUCGACACCACGCUCCCCGAGACUGCGGCGGGCAACAGCUACGAGUGUCCGGAUACACUGGAUGACGGCACCGAGAACGAAUUCAAUCAAUGCUGUUACAACGAUAGGCCCGAUGAGUCGGGGAACUUUCAUUCCUGUUGUCAGGAUGAGGCCGAGAAAUCUGCACAAAAAAUGCAAGAGUUCUAUAACAUCUGCAUCAUCAUCGGCGCUGUGACCGGGUGUUGCAUGGCCGCGGUGUUCAUGUGUACGUACUGCGAAGAAGACACUUUCCCCUGCCUCAAGAAACUCAAAAGAACCUGCAGGAAAUAUUACAAUCUCUUCAUGGAUGGCAUCUGCUUCUGCUCUUGUUUGCCAAAGAAAUUACGGCGCAAAGAACACAAGGAUGGACCCAUGGAGACGAACACGCGAAACAAACGAAUAUUCGACAAACCGCCCUCUGCCGACGAUCAAGAACUAGUCGUGGACCCUUUCUGGGCUUAG